CUACACUCAAAACUUUCGCGUAGCCUCUCUUUAAUAAUAGUUUGCCGCGUUAUUAUUUACACUUGCCUAGAGCUGUUCCAUAUUCAAAACCCGGGGAAACCUUGAAAUGGACGGUGGCUUCGCCAAACGCUACUCAUUACCGUUCGAGGGUGCAGCUCUUCGGUCUUCGUCUGCGAACAACUUGCCAACCACCUCGACCGCGGGCUUUAACGAACACAAGAAGGAGCCGCCGUUAGGAAUGAAUCACUUGCUGGACUCAGGGAGCCAUCUUUCGUCGAUCAGAUUUGCUGCGGCACACAGAGCACAAGCAGAAGCUGUCGCAUUCGAUCAAAAACCGCCCGGGAUGUCUUCGCAGCAGACUCUGUAUCACUCGUUUCCAGCGUACCGUCAUGUUUCUUCUCAAGGAUUCCCACCUGAGUUUAUCCAUCACCAGGACUCACACUUAGGAUCAGCCAACCUAGCGAGUUCUCACUCGCUUGCUCUUCACGACCCCAUCGCUUCCAACACACCCAAUUACUCACAUAGGCACAACAUGUUCAGUUCGCCACCAACCGCUGCAAUUCACGGAAACAACAUAAACUACCAUCACGCAGUGACGCAUAAAGGCUUAGAUGUCACGAGCAAUCCACAUAUACACUACGGAGCACUUACAUCAGGACACGAGGCAACCUCUCCACACCAUGGAAUGCCUCCUGUACUCAACAAUCAGCUCAGAUAUCGAGGAGACUUUUACUCUCGAGCCGAUCGAUUUGCACAAGGUGGCCUCGGUAGUCCUUUCUUGGAUCAUGGUCCACCAGGAUAUGGAGGGCCGACUGGACCGGGAAUGUAUCAUCUUCCCUUGAUGAAACAACCCACAAAUCAAAUUCUAACUUGCCUUUGGAUAGACCAGAACCCAGUGCAAGGGAAACGGAAACCUUGCGGCAAGCAGUUCACCAUGAUGCCUGAUUUAGUAUCGCACAUCUCAGACGAACAUGUAAGCAUCAACGACUCCAACUUGCACGUCUGCUACUGGCAAGAGUGCGGGAGAAGUGGACAGCCAUUCAAGGCAAAAUACAAGUUGGUAAACCACAUUCGAGUCCACACUGGGGAAAAACCCUUCCCAUGUCCUUUUCCCGGAUGCGGAAAACUGUUCGCUAGGUCAGAGAACUUAAAAAUUCACAAACGAACUCACACGGGAGAAAAACCAUUCGAGUGCGAGUUCCCUGGGUGCGAUCGCCGCUUCGCCAACUCAAGCGACAGAAAAAAGCAUUCGCACGUUCACACUUCAGAUAAACCGUACAUUUGUAAAAUCGAAGGGUGCAACAAAAGCUAUACGCACCCCAGCUCACUUCGAAAACACAUGAAACUUCAUGAAACUGGUGGACUAAGGCCUUUGUCGCCGCCUAUUUCACAAACGAACGGACAGCGGGACAGUAUAAGUUCAGACAAGGAUAGUCCAAUAAAGCCUGCGGCUAGGUCUCCGUCGCCGAGGCCGCGAUCAAAUGCAGAGAACAAUUCAGAAUGGUACUCUUGCUAACUGCAGAUUUUGCAAAUGAGUUGAAGCACUGGACAUCUGUAGACAACCUUAAAAUAGUCGAAGUUUUACAGGAGUACAAAUGUUAGGUAAAAAUUUUCGCAACGAAUUUUUAAAAGCGUUCUAGGCAACAAUCUUAGCUUCGUAAUGUAAUGUAAGAAAACUCCUUAUGCAGAAAUUUCAUUCGUUUAGAAAGUUAUGAACGAUUUACACAGUUCUAAAUUAAAGCAGCACUUUUUAAUUUGCAAAUAAGACGAUAAAAGGGAAGUACUUAUGAAGUGCUUUCUCUUAUCGAAUACUAUUGCAUGUACAGAUUUCCUCUCAUAUAUGUAAAUAAUUGUUUCCAGUUACCUUAACCAGGUAGUCGUGUAAAUCUUGAAAAGAUGUACAGAAAUUGCUUAUAGGAGAAUACCAUGCAAUAUCUGAAACCUACUUUGUAGCAAACACAACUAAAUCUGUGAACCAGUUGGAUGCAAAAGACAAAACAAAUGUUGAAUACUACAUGUAAGACCUUCAUUACUUCGCAAGAGUGCGCGGUUUCCGAUCAAAAGUAACAGAGAAAGGGAAAGAUUUUUCUCUCAAAAAAUGUUACAGUCCUCGAACGGAAAGAUUAGCCGAAGAAUUCGAUUUUUCCGAAAAAGUCACGUUUCGUGAGGCAGAACGUAGCAAUUACAAACAUUUGGAAGCCAUGCUGUUCGCACCGGUUACCGCUAACAGUAAACUUUUCAAGUCGAGUCACGAAAAAUGAGGCGUCAAAAAAAGUUUUGGAACACAUAACUGCUCUUGAAGGAUAUGGUGUUCAAGAAUUUGUUAUUUCGUCGUAAGCAUGGUCUAUGUAAGAGAUAGGAAAGCUAUCCUCUCCUUAGUCCUUGCAUAACGAAACAAACGGCGCUUAGUCUUAAGGACGGUUUGUAUCGUGUGAUGAUUUCCAUUUUGGAAAAACAAAACCUAUUAAUUUAUUUUCUUAACUGGUGAAAAUAAAAUUCCGCUUAACGCCAAAAUAGCCAUUGAAAAUUUUGAUUUUCCUUCCGUGUUAACAAGAUUUCUUAUCUUUCUUUCACUAAAAGCGUAUGAUUGUUAGGAGACGGCAAUGAGUGUAAAGCUGAGCCUUGAUUAAUUAAACAUGGCCACCUUGGCCUUCUCCACUCGCUUCAAUAUUUUUCGUGAAAUUUCUUUUCAAAAUUUCUUUUCGACAUAUCUUUCAAAUCGAGGGGCUGAGUAAAAGAUUCACUUACCAUGAAGCGCAAUUUCAAACUUAUACUGCC